CGGGGCGGGACGUCCGGGGCGGGCUCUGAGGACCCGGUGCGGAAGGGCCCGGCCCGGGCCAGGUCGGAACAAAGCAGUAGCGGCCCGGCAUGGCGGCCCCGCUCCGCCUCUGGCUGCUCCUGCACCUCCUGCCGCAGGUGUACUGCGAGUAUGGGAUGGUACAUGUCCUUUCAGAGAAGGGGAGCAGCAAAGGAAAAGACUACUGUAUCCUCUUCAACUCUCAGUGGGCCCAUUUGCCACAUGAUCUGGGUAAAGCUUCACUUUUGCAACUUCAGGAUCAGACAGCAUCUGUUUUGUGUUCUCCUUCUGAUGUACCUGAUGGGGGAUUUAAUAAUCAAAUCCCCAUGGUGAUGCGAGGAAAUUGCACCUUCUAUGAGAAAGUGAGGCUUGCUCAGAUAAAUGGAGCUCGUGGGCUGCUGAUUGUUAGUAGAGAGAGACUGGUUCCUCCUGGGGGUAACAGGAGUCAGUAUGAAGAGAUUGAUAUUCCUGUGGCUCUGCUCAGCUAUACUGACAUGUUAGAUAUUGGCAAGAGUUUUGGCAGCUCAGUGAAAGGGGCAAUGUAUGCACCAAAUGAGCCUGUGCUGGACUACAACAUGGUGAUUAUCUUUGUCAUGGCUGUGGGGACUGUUGCAAUUGGAGGCUACUGGGCAGGAAGCAGAGAUGUGAAAAAGAGGUACAUGAAGCACAAACGUGACGAUGGGACAGAGAAACACGAUGAUGAAACAGUGGAUGUGACCCCAAUCAUGAUCUGUGUGUUUGUAGUGAUGUGCUGCUCAAUGCUCGUCCUCCUUUAUUUCUUCUAUGACCACUUAGUCUAUGUUAUUAUAGGAAUAUUCUGCCUGGCUGCCUCAAUUGGUCUCUACAGUUGUCUGUCUCCCUUUGUAAGAAGAUUCCCCUUGGGAAAGUGCAGAAUCCCAGACAACAACUUGCCUUAUUUUCACAAGCGUCCCCAGGUCCGGAUGCUGCUCUUGGCAGUAUUUUGUGUCUCUGUCAGUGUGGUCUGGGGAGUCUUCAGAAAUGAAGAUCAGUGGGCCUGGGUUCUGCAAGAUGCUUUAGGAAUUGCUUUCUGUCUUUACAUGUUGAAAACAAUUCGCCUGCCUACGUUUAAGGGUUGUACCUUGCUCCUGCUGGUUCUUUUUGUGUAUGAUGUAUUCUUUGUAUUUAUCACACCUUUUUUAACAAAGACUGGGGAGAGUAUAAUGGUGGAGGUGGCUGCAGGCCCUUCGGAUUCUGCCACUCAUGAGAAGCUCCCAAUGGUCCUGAAGGUUCCACGACUGAACUCCUCACCACUGGCUCUGUGUGACAGGCCUUUUUCUCUGCUGGGAUUUGGAGACAUUUUAGUUCCAGGCUUACUGGUAGCCUAUUGCCAUAGAUUUGAUAUUCAGGUGCAGUCAUCCAGAGUCUAUUUUGUAGCCUGCACAAUAGCCUAUGGCAUAGGCCUUCUUGUGACCUUUGUUGCCUUGGCACUGAUGCAGAUGGGCCAGCCUGCUCUCCUCUACUUAGUGCCCUGCACUCUCCUCACCAGCUUCGCAGUGGCCCUUUGGAGAAGGGAACUUGCCAUGUUCUGGACGGGCAGCGGCUUUGCGAAAGACCUACCUCAGCCUCCUGUGGUGAUAGCCCCUGUCAACUGCCCUGAGCUUCCCAAAGACAGCAGCGUGCCAGCCCCUCAAGCAGACACAGAGCAGAUGACCAAUCCCACCCUGCACGUGAAGGAGCUGCGUGGCCCCAGCUCAGCUGAGGAGGAGCUGGCUGACACCAGCACAAAGACAGACCAGUCAGAAAUCUCUGUGGCACAGAGUGAGGAACCAACUGCUCAGAAUAAGGACAACCUCGAAAGCAAAUGCCUAAAUGCAGAGCAAAGCCAGCUGGAAUAAGUGAUGUGAUAAGAACUCCUCACUUUCCCUCACAAACAUAUCCAUAUAAAACCAGUAUGUAUUUAGGACUGGUUUAGUAGGGUUUGCAUUCACUGAGGGAUCUCUCUGGGAGUCUGAUCAGCAAAUCCAACAAGGAAUGUUCUGCCUCCAGCUUCGGUACAGCUACACCCUUCAAACAUCUUUCUGAAAUAUGGUGCUCUCCAGGAGUUCUGAUGUGUGGGUUUCAAUGAUCACUCUGUUAGUGGAUGCCUUUGACCAUUUGUUCCAUUUGCAUUAUGCCAGGGUAGUGUUAAGAGUCUUUAUUUACCCAGUACUCUGUGCUUGUGUGGUUGUUUUGCUGCUGUAGCAUGGUGUAGGUUACCAUGGAGGAAAAGCAUUGAACAAGUCUGCUACAAUGCUUAGCUGAGAGAAACGUGGUCUUUUUUUUUUUUUUAGCACUUUCCCUAUUAUUGCCACCUUUUACUUUGCUUCUCCUGACCUGUCAAAGCCAUUGAUAUAAGGGAAUGCUUUAGUAUAAACUUACAUUCAGGAAAUGCAGAGAAUGGUUAAAUUACCAUUGCUCUGAAAGGAUUUACACUACCGUGGUGCAUUAAAUGCAUCUCUUAACUUUUGUUUUUACUUCUAGUUACCUGGGUUGGCUACUAGUCUAGUUUAAAAGGCAGGAUGAGUGGAGCUCCAGGAGGCUUUCUAGUCAUUCAUGUGAACUCUAAGGGCUGUCUGAUAAUAAACAAGGUUGGUCACAGAAUGCUGCUUGGAAGCAAAUGCAUAUUAAGAAUGUUUUAGAAAUGAAAUACAAGCCAAAUAGGUAAGAAAAUGGGUAGUAACACUGUACUAAGCUUAACAGGCAGUAUUUUUGUUGGGAAAAUGUUAAAGCAGUAAAAGUUCAUGUGUUUUGGGGCUUUGAGCUUCUAUUUGUUGUUCAUUCAAGGACUAUAAUUGUGAUUUUUAAUUCCGAAGAAAACAGUCUGGUUUUUUCAUUCCCAAGGGAGCACAUAUGGUGCUACAGACAGUUGUGAUUUAAAGCUACUUGCUGCUCAGUUAUCUUACCAACUGCCUAAGUCAUGUUUUGUCUUUGUCCCAAGAGCAGGCAAAGCGUGGCCUGUCAGGUUCUGGAAUGAGCCUGGGAUCUUAUCUAUUAUUUUGCCUGUCUUGCUACAUGACAUUGUGAAUUUAAAUUGUGAUUUAAAUUUGCAAAUUUAAAAAUUUUGGGGUGCAGCUGGUCUUACUUUAUAUUCCUGAAAUUGUAUGUUGGAGUCUCUAAUGCAUUGACUUUUAUACACAGAAGGAUGAUGUGAUUUGCAUAUUACUUGUUCCAUCUAAGUAUAUUUGUCUUUAUCAGAGGUGUCUGUUCUACACUUAAAUUGCAAUUCCAGAAAGCCUCAAACACUUCACAUGAAAACUGAAACAGAAAAUAGGAUCCUCAAAUAUGGUUCCAGAUUGCAUGGAAGAAAUGCUUUUCAGAGUAUUUGAGAGCCAAAAAAUGUCAUUUACAAAAGUAUUGUCACAGUGAUGCCAUCAGAGGCAUUGCUGUUGAAAUUAAGUCUCCAGUUGUCUUGUUGAGUUGCAGUUCAAGGGCUUUUUUUUUUUUCAUGUCUUGUCUAUUAAAUAUCAGCCAUUGUUUUUUUUUGGCUGUGUCUUCCAAAAGUUUGCCCUGUGUUUUUUGGGAGAUAACUUCUGUGGGCAGUGGUAGCAUUCUUAGGAUGUGAGUGGCUUUCUGUAAAACCACACUGUGGCUUCAGAGUUUCACCAGCUCCUGCUUAAAGCCUCGAGCCUUGUCUGACAGGAUGAUCCACUGAGGUUUUUGGAAGGCUUGCUGAGUCCAAGGGCCAGCAACUACAUUUAAUUUACAAAUUGCUCUAAUGGAAGGUGGUACUAAAGAGAUCUGGUUUUCAAUCUCCUCUUUAAUGGACUGUUACUCUGGCCAACAGCAAUCUGAUCCAGUUAUUACUAAUAAAAAGCAGCAGAGAAGUUUUACUGAAAACUUCAGUCAGCUGGAUUAUGACUUAAUUUUUAAGCCAUUGUGUAAGUAUGUAUAUUAAACUAAGAAAACAAUCUUGUAUUUAAAUAAUGAACCUGAUAAAUAACAAGAAGACACAUUGAAGACUGACUGAAGUUCUAUCAUUUUUGGCCUUGAUUGUCUCUCAGUCAUAACAUUUGGAGUGGCUUUUUACAUACUUAAAAGCCAGUAGCUUCCUGAUAAUGCAGCAUUAAGUUUUAUCAUCUGCUUGAAAAGUGAAUUUCAUCAUUUGUUCUCCUGUGUGAUUAGGAAAUAGUUUGCUUCUCAGACUGUUCAUAGCUCAAUUCAAAUGGAAGAAGUGAUCACACUGAACUCGAGGGCAUUUCAGGGUUGUGUUGUUCCCACUGGGUCCUGGGCAGGUCUGCAGGAGGAUCUGCCUCACCUCAGCUUUUGGGGACUUCCCAUCUACUUUUAAGUGUGACCUUUUUUUUUUUGCCCAAACUACAAAGAAUGGAGGAAAAAAACCCAAACAGCUCCUCAAUGCAGUAUCUCCAGUGAAAGCAUGUGAAGUGGCAACAAUUUACACAGUGACCAUCCCAGUACUGUACAAAUCAGGUGACCCUGGUGCUCCAGUUUGGCUGUGACUGUUGAGUCCUUGAUCCUGGGCAGUUCAAUCCCUUCCAUCAAAACCCAAGGCUGUACCUUUUUGUCUUUCAAAAACCUCCCUGAUCAGCUUAAUUUAAAAAUUAAUGUUGCGUAGGAAAAUGUGAAUAUCAGUUCAACGUGGCUGACUCUGAUUUUAUUUGAUGAUUGCAGAUACACAUCCCCCACCAAACUAGAGUUUAAAUAUUUAAAGUAAUGAAAGUAAUAUUAAUGUUAAAAGUAGUGUUGAUGGACUUUUUAUUUAUGUCUUUCACAUACUAAGUCUUUACUUAUCUGUCUAGAAAUUCAGUAAGGAUUUUAUUUCUGAGAACCUGUAUGUGUUCAGGGGAAGCAUUUCUUUUAGGCAAACAAACAAAUCCCAACAACAACCAACCCCACUAAAACAUCCUAUAAUAAAAAACCUCAGCUCUUUGGAUCACAAUAGUGAGGAUCAGGUUCCUUCCUCGUGUUUGUUUGGGACUGUGCCCUUCUGAAGGGUUGUACAAAUGCAGCUGAAGGUAGAAUGGAACCUGAAAGACUUUACCAAGGGUGACAGAUAAGCCCUUUUUCAAUUUUACUGAUUUUAUUUUGUCUUGUCACAAAUUAAGACUAUUUAAAAUGAAAUGUAUUAAAAAAAGAAACGGAAAAAAAAUAGAGCCAAAAAUACAUUGUUUUUACCACUGGCAGUAAAAAAAAAAAGCACAUCCACCUACGUAAGAAUUACGCUUGUGAAAAUAUUUAAUGUUUUCUCUGAACUUGAACAGGUGCCAGGCAACAGAAAAUCUGCAGCACAGCCUAUUUUGUGAAAGGUUUAUUAACAUUUCAUAGACAACUUCGUUGAGAAAACUGUUGAUUUCCAAGUUUCUUGAACGUUUUUCAUGAUGUCUUGGAUAAUCAGUCAGACAUUUCCCUCAGUGUGGCUUUUGUUAAGAAUGUCUUGCAAGUCCUGACAGUAUUUUUGUAUUUUUCAGCCACGCACAGUUCUGUGUGUUUGGUUUUUCCAUCCCCCGUGCACUGCUCUGACUGGGGUCAGGAUUAUCAUGGACUUUAGUGCCUGGUGACUUCUGAGUGUGCUGGGAGGUGGCCUUGACUGCAGAGCCACACAGAACCCUGUGCUGAAAUAACAGCCUUGUAAGCUUGCAGAAUUGUGGCUGCAGUUAUUAGUGAAUUAAUCUGCCUCUGGGAGAUGCUGUGAAUUUACCUGCAGCUCUUU